UUUCUCUCUAUAUUUCGUUUCUUUGUGCACCCAUGUCUUUGGUACCGCCCAAGAAACCCACCACCUCACUUGUUCAUCCCAAAUUGCAAAACCACAAGGAGGGGCUGGGCCUCGAACAAUUGUCAGACGAUGCCGUUAUAAAUCAUAUUUACACGAAACAUCGGGAAGAUGAUAAAAUCAAAAUUGAUAUCGAUAGUUAUAUCUUAUUGGUUGAGAGCAUCAUUAUAACGGCAGAUCGAAUCACUGAUAGUGUUUCUCGAGUAAUUGAAGGGCGUAUAGCAUUUGGUAGUGACUCUUAUGCUGCUUCACUCAAUCUACCUCUUUGUACACUACAUCGUAUCUCUAGUGAGUUGGGGUGCAAAGCAGCAGGAAUUGAAAAAGCCCACGAGACAACAACGGAAAUUCUCAACAUACUAAUAAGCUAUCCAUGGGAAGCAAAAGCAGUUCUAUGUCUUGCAGCAUUUUCAGUGGAUUAUGGAGAAUUAUGGCAUCUCAACCAUUACUUCAAAACAGAUCCACUUGCUAAAACAUUGGCCAUUAUUAAGCAAGUUCCUGAGUUGAAAAAGCACUUGGAUACACCCAAAUAUCGACAAGUGUUUCUUAGCCCAAAGUGCUUAAUUUAUGAGUGUAUGAAAGCCAUCAAAUAUAUGAAAGAGAUUAAGGAUUUUUCUAAGUACGAUACGAAAGAGCUUACAGAAUUGUCUUCUGCCAUUCGCCAAAUUCCGUUGAUUACUUAUUGGGUUAUACAUAUUAUUGUUGCUUCAACAGCACAAAUUUCUGCUUAUUUGACUGCCACUGAGGGUCAAUCACAGAAGUAUUUGAAUGAGUUGACAGAGAAGAUCAGUUCCAUUCUCUCCAUACUUGAAACCCAUCUUACUGUUUUACGAGAACAACAAGAAGAGAUAAACCUAUAUAAAUGGUUGGUGGAUCACAUUGAUAACUUUCCUACUGAAUUAGCUUUGGUUGUGUCAAAGUUGAUUGAGGGAAAGAAUGAAGCUAGGCCUUUCAUAGAUGGCUCUACUAAAAGAAAGGUCAGCAUUGAAAAUUGUUUGAGAAGGAAGAAAGUGGUAUUAGUAAUAUCUGGAUUAAACAUUUCAGAAGAAGACAUCAAAGCUCUUCAAUUGGUUUAUGAUGAAUUGGGUAGAGAAGAUAAAUACAAGAUUGUUUGGAUUCCAAUUAUCAAUCCAAAUGAUCCAGAUGAAGAAAAUAGAAGAAGAUAUGAGCAUGUAAUAUCUAAGAUGCCAUGGUAUAUAGUGCAAUUUACUACAAAAAUUGCAGGAUGGAGAUUUUUAGAAGAAAAUUGGCAACUAAGAGAUGAUCCAUUAGUAGUUGUUCUUGACUCAACUUCAAAAGUGGAAUUCACAAAUGCAAUCCAUUUAAUUAGAGUUUGGGGAUCUGAGGCUGUUCCCUUCUCCAAUAGAAAAAUUGACAUUUUAUUGGAAAAGAAUUGGCCAGAGUCUACUAUCCUCAAAUUUACUGACCACCCAAGAUUACAUAAUUGGAUGAACCAAGAAAAGAGUAUCAUAUUCUAUGGAGGAAAAGACCCAAAUUGGAUCCACCAAUUCGAAGAAAAAGUAAGUGACAUAAAAACCGAUCCAUGGAUAAGAAACAAAGGAAUAACAUUCGAGAUUGUACGCAUAGGAAAAAACACCAAAGGAGAAGAUGAUCCAAAACUCAUGUCUCGUUUUUGGAUAACACAAUGGGGUUUCUUCAUAGUAAAAAGCCAAAUAAAAGGCUCAAGUGCAAGCGAAACAACAGAAGAUAUAUUACGAUUGAUAUCUUAUGAAAAUGAAAAUGGUUGGGGAAUUUUAUCUGUGGGCUCUGAACCAGUUCUUGUUGGACGUGGGAAUUUGAUUCUAGCAGUGUUGGAAGACUUCAAUAUAUGGAAACAAAUAUUAAACAUAAAAAGUUUCCCUGAUUCUUUCAGAGAUUAUUUCAAUGAAGUUGCUGCAAAGACUCAUCAAUGUGAUCGAGUGGUUCUUCCUGGAUUCAGUGGAUGGAUUCCAAUGGUUGUUAAUUGUCCUGAAUGUCCUCGUUUCAUGGAUACUGGUAUCAGCUUCAAAUGUUGCCAUGGACGAACUCAUAUGUAAUUAUAAUCAUGAAUUCAGGGUCUUAAUAAUAGCUACUCUUAUAAUAAAAAUUUAUUACCACAUAUACAGUUUUUGAUGAUAUAUUUUAUAUUUGGUGUAUCAUCAUCAUUUGUA